UGCAGAGUGAGACAUUAUCUAACCGUCACCAUGCUGUACCUAUCCUUAAUGGUGGGACUGGUCCCGAUAGUGUCCCUGUGCGGUUUGUUCUACUCUGCUGCCGUGGAUGAGAACUUUCCUCAAGGCUGCACGAGCAGCAGCAGCGUUUGUUUCUACAGCCUGCUGCUGCCGGUCACCAUCCCCGUCUACGUCUUCUUCCACCUGUGGAGCUGGAUGGGGAUCAAACUCUUCAGGCACAAUUAGACACCAUCGGUUAGGUUAAAGGGGAAAACAUUGUGUAUUUAACUGCUUUGGAAAUUACAGAAAAUUCUCAAUAAAUUUCAACCUGUUUCUUGACUUGAAUUUGAUUAAACUCAGCAGAAUGACUUGCAGUAAAUUUUAAGAGGUGAAAUAAAUCUGCACAUCCUCACAUUG